GGAGUUCUCUGUCAGUAGUUGUAGAAGUCCCGGUCGAGCGAGAGUGCGAAUAUGUGCGCCUGUGCGUAGCGGUGUGCUUUCGCGAAUGCGUCCCGAGUUGGAUCCCACGGCAGAGCUGGAGGAAUAAAUAGGGACGAUUCGAGGACAACGUCGAAGCGAGAAGACGACGACGACGUCGACGACGACGCGCUUUCAGCGUCUCGGCUAUCGCUGCCGACUCGCUGAGAAAAACGAGAGGGAGUGUCAGGAGGCUGCGACAGGCACCGGCGGAGCUGCUGGUGCACGCGAUCAGGAUGCGACCGAGGAGUGACACGGUUACAUCAAUAGUAUAUCAAGAUCCUUGAAGACACAGUUUCAAUAUCGAGAACUCUUUUGCCUAAGGACUUCAAUAUUUAUUUCUAAUAGUGCGGAAACGGAAAGUACAUCACGAAGAAGAGACGUGCAAGAGCGGAAGGUGGAUCAGUACGAGCUUCGAGAAGCGUCCAGCACCUGGUAACAGGAAGAUCGCGAAGAGGGUGAAGGGUAAAAGCAUCUAAGGGUGGGUGGGGGGAUGCAGCUCGAAAGGGUGGCGGCAUGGAGGAGCCCUCGUUGGAGGCUCUCAUGCAGUCGAGCCUUAUCCUCGUGGUCGCCUUCGCCAUCAUCCUCUCGAAUCUCUUCAUUAUCGCCACCUACCUUAACUUCCGCGGUCCCUCCGAGGUGAUAAAUUACUACUUGCUAUCACUCGCCUCGGCAGAUCUCCUAUGUGGUCUGUUGGUGGUUCCGCUCUCGGUAUAUCCGGCUCUGGUACGAAGAUGGGUUUACGGAGACAUCGUGUGCCGACUCGUCGGUUAUUUGGAAGUCACACUUUGGGCGGUAUCAGUGUACACUUUCAUGUGGAUCUCCGUAGAUCGCUAUCUGGCUAUCAGGAAACCGUUGAGAUACGAGACCGUACAGACGAAAACCCGAUGUCAAUGCUGGAUGGUCUUCACGUGGAUCAGCGUGGCGAUGAUGUGCUGCCCGCCUUUGCUCGGCUUCAACAAGCCGAUCUUCGAUCGCGAGGCCUUCAUCUGCAUGCUCGAUUGGGGCAACAUGGCCGCAUACACCAUCACGCUGUCGAUUCUCGUGUUGGGACCGUCGGUCAUCACCAUCGUCUACACGUACUUCUAUAUUUUCUCCAUGAUGAGGCGACUAAAGUCCGGCGUGUUGAUCCACGACAAGGAGUACGCUACCGCGCUAUCGGAAAAUCUGAGCAACCCAAGUCACAUUAUGUCCUUCGUCCUAGUGAUGGCUUUCUGGGUGUCAUGGGCACCGUACGCCGGACUAAGGAUAUAUGCAGUCGUUAACGGACCGCCUCAGGUGCCGUUUUUACACUUCGCCGUGGUGUGGCUAGGGGUGACGAACAGCUUUUGGAAAGCGAUCGUUCUUGGUACACUGAGUCCCCAGUUCCGGUUGGCCGCGCGAGUACUCUGUCUCACAGUAUGCUGCCGGCACAGGCGACUUCCGCCGGAGCUUCUCGGCCUCGACGACGACGACUAACGCCACAUUGACAACAUCUACGAGCAGCAGAGCCUAUGUUGCGUUCUGUUCUACCCGCGGCGCUUUCUUAAAGCGUCGCUUUUACCGCUACUCAAGGAUCGUCCUCGCAUCUUGGCACCACUCGCAGGAUGUUCCCUUAAAAUUUCGAGCUCCGACGUACGAAUCGGUAACGAUCAUAGCUUACGAGUAUCGAUAUUAACUCCUAACUUAGUUGGAAUAAUUUGAAGUAAUAAAAAAUCAAAAUAAGUAUAAUGUAGAAAAUAGAAGAAGAUAUAUGGAAGACAUAUUGAGAAAAAGAUUUUUUAAAUCUUUAAAUAGAGAACAAAAUAUAGAAAUUCUGGAUCCAAAUUCUAUGUUGUUAAAUAAUGUGAGAAUUCGAUAUUUUUCCAAAGAGAUAAAUCUCUAUUGUUAUAUUAUCUGCAUUCUAUUUCUAUAUACAUGUAGUUGUAUACAUUUAUACACUGUACGUUAUGUAUUUUUUUUUUUUUUUUUUGAAGAAGAAGAAAGGAAACUUUUUGAAAAUGUAACAUUUUCACCGCGAAGAAAGAUUUAUAAAACUUUGAGAUAAGUUUUAAAAGCAAAGAGAGAGAAGAAAAUUAAAAAUAUUUUAUAAUUUGAGUAAAUAACUUGUACUAUAUUUAAUGCUUAUUGCAAUAUCAUAGUAACAAUAUGAUAAAAGUAGUUCAAGAGAUUGAUAAAAUUAUUGAUCAAGAGUCUAUAUUAUACGUAUAUCUGCGCUAAUAUUACAACAGCUCAAGUAUUACUUAGAUUGAACUGUCAAACAAAUCAAAAUUAUACAAUCAAUAUAUUUAGAGCUUAUCUAAUUUUCAUAAUAGAUCAACCAACCAUGACGGUCCAUUUAUAACAUCAAAGGAUGACCCGAGAUAAGCGAAACAAUGCGAGUGGUGCUUCAAGUUUUGCGAAAUAACAAUAGGUUACCGGCGGAAUUCGGCGACUCCGCCGACGCGCGUCCAUUUCUCUAAAAUAAUCUCGCUUCGCUCAAACACGCUAUAGUUCGUUAAUUAGAGUCCCGUUAAUCUGGGGACGACUUCCUGCGCCAUACAAGAAGAAAAAAAAAUCAAGAACGACAAGUCGCUCUAUGGUAUUUGAAACUAAUUACCUUAGUCUCUAUACGUCGACGUAAGAUCACGCUCAAUAAAUGUCGUAGCGAAUUAUUAUAAAAGAAAAAAAAACAAAACAAAACGAGAGUUACUGACUGUCGUGCGAGCAGGCCGCAGAUCUGAUCGUAUAUAUAAAAUGAUUCAUUAAACGAUGCCGGAAUAUAUAAUAUUAUAUGCGGAGAGAGAAAUUUAGUCAAUUAACGGAGAUGCCUCUAUAUCUGAAUGUGACGCGUCGUCGGCGACGAGUUUUACGUCGUCGAAGUGUCGUCGUGCCCUCGUAGAACGCCCUCGAUAAAGGGCGAUCGAAGAGUGCCGAGCGUGCGAACUUUACGCUUCUUUAAAUGCGCUUCCUAGCCGCCGGCUUUCCCGCUCUUUCUCUUUCUCGUCGAGAAGCUGCGAAAAAAAAAAACAAUCCACGAAAUCAAAGCGCGUCUACAUGUAAACGCCGAUUCAAAUUCGCUUAUCCCCAUUUUCUUACUACUGAAAUCACUGGUGGUACUAUAUUACAUAGUCAUAUGAACUAUAGCAUAAUUAUUGAAAAAGUGAUAUAUAGUUUGCAUGACUAAUUAAAAUUACAGAUAUGAACUAAUAAUCUGGCAAAUUUGCGAGUCUGCCAAUUUAUGCAAAUAUAGAAAGUUGACGAAAAUUGCGCGCCAAGAUUCUAUAUAGUAUAUAUAGCUUCGUGACUUCUAUGAAUGUGAAUCUCAAAUAAAUUGUUAUAUCGAGAUUCAUCUUCGUAGCGAUAUAUAAGCGAGAUUCGAUCGCAAUUAUUAUUAAUUAUUCAUAUAGCGGGCCCCGCGACGAAAAAGAGAAAGUGCUUCUCUUCAGAAUCAAGUUGGGCUCUCAUUAGCUUUCUUGACACUUUACUGGGUUUAUGAAAUACCCUUUCCACGGAAAUCAAAAUAUCGUUGUAUAAUCUAAAAUUCUUAUUUGAGAUCACGUAAGUUUUACGGGCGUCGCCCGCUCUAUUGUAAGCUUUAUUAUUAAUCUUAUACGAAACGCUAUAGUCGGCUAGUGGCAACUUUUUUGCAUGAAAGCGUAAACUAUUGCGUCCAAUUUUCGCACGUCUACGUGAAUCAUGACGACUCAAGGCGCAAUUUCGAAUGAAAUAUUUGGACAGCCUAUGUACAAUUCACAACUGGAAGCUGGAAUUGUGUGGAAUCGAAUUCUUUAAGAGAUUGCAAACGAGAGGAGCAUAUAUGUUAGAGAUAAAAAAAAACAUACGGUUUUGCGAAGUAAUUCCAUUAAUGCGAAGAAAGGCAGAGUUUUCGACUGCUUAAAUUUAGUGCGCGAUUAGCGAAUGUAAGAUGCAGAUUUUUAUUAGUUUAAUGUAUGUAUUCAUUUUUUUGUUUUAGAUUCCUUGCUCCUAGGUUUAAUAUUUUUAUUGAUUGCAAUUUUAUUAAGUUGCUAAAUUGAGACUCGAAGAAAUUAUGAAAAUAUAUAUAAACAUUUUUUUGGGGUUUGUAAAACUUUUACUUGUGUAUAUUGUUGACAUUUCAAAGAUGAUAAAGAGAAACGAGGUGCUUAUAUAAUGAAGAACGCAAAUGUAACAUAAAUCAAAAAGUUGUUACCAUAAAUAAAAAAGGCGUUUAUAUAUAUUUAUUUAAUUUAAUAUAAUUUUUAUAGACGCGAGAAAUAAGUUUGAAAUUAUAAAUACACACGCAACAUUCAGAGAAAAAAUGCAUAUAUGUAUGUAUAUGUGUAUAAAAAUGUCUAAAAAUUUUUUGAGCAAAAUAAUUAUCUAUGUUUCGCGAGAAAUCAAAGAUUUCAACACAAGAAGAAUUAUCGAACGUGAACAGAUUUGUGGCGCUUAUUACGAAUAGCAUAAAAUUCUAGAAUUAGGCAUAGCUGAAUUUCCACGUAAUGUCGUCGAAAUGAGAAGAGAGCAAUGUAAUUCGUCAAUGUUUCUUCGCUGUGCUCCUGGAAUAGUGCUCGCGUGGAUAAUGUGGGCGCGCCUUGAUGUUUUUGACAAAACAUUAAUUCUAUAUCCGAGUCAGUGUCUAGAAAAAUCUCAGCUUCUAUUUUUUACUCUAAACUCUAACACAAUUCAUUCAAACAUAUUGACUUUUCUCUAAAAAAUUUAAAAAAAAAAAAACAAAAGAUAAGAGCACUUAAUCGUCAUCUAAUUCGUGGCAUUUUGGAAAAAAGUAUAAAGGUGCUGUUCAAAACAUCUACACAUUAGUUUAAAUAUAAAUUAUAAAAUCUUCAAGCUAAAAGUUAAAAUUGCAUCAAAUAAUUAGAAAUAUUUUGUAGACAUAAAAAAUUGUGCAAUAGUAAGUAAAUUACAGAAGAAUAAUAUAAUUCGAGUAAAGAAAAAAGGAUUUAAAUGAUUCUUAUAUAUUUCAAGCUACAAGUAUAAUUUUUACUUGAUAUUAUAUAACAGCUACCUUUAAGGAUAUUUGACGCGACAAAUCAUAGAUUUUUCUGGCAAUUUUGUCCAAAUGAUUAUUUAAUAUAAUGAGAAGACAUAAAGAAUACUAUUUCUCUCUACGUGGUAUUAUGGUGUCUUAUUCGGUUAUUUAGUAUAAUAAAAAGACGUAAAAGAUGCUCUCUCUCUCUACGUGGUAUUUUAUGAUGUCUUAACUAUACAACGGAAUCAAACAAAACUAUCGACUAUCUUCUAGUUCCGAACGUUAGCUAUAUAAGUCGAUUAAAAACCCGGUUAAAAAGUAACGCAAGUUCGACUGGAAUUGAAGGAUAAUUUACGAUGUUGAAAAAAGAUCUCACACAGAUAUGAUAAAGUGUAACAAAUUAUCGCAUGUUUUCGCAUAAGCGAGAUUUAGCAUUAGCUAUUGAUAUUGUUAAAUAGAUUAUUGUCAAUAUGUAAGUAAUGACGGUAAUCACAAGUAAUGAACUAAUUUAAUUUCACGACGAAGACACAAUAUUGCACAACGGCAUUAUUUAUGGAGCGGAGAAUAUUACAAAUAAAACAAUAAAAACAAGUAAAAAAAAAAAAUGUGUUAUAUUAUCGUAUACGCUUCCCAAAAAUAUCUCUGCAAAAAGAUGACGUAUUCUCGAACUGUGCGACAAUUUUUAGCCGGGCUCAGCUAAGACGCAUUAACAUUUUAUUGCGAAUAUCUCUUUAUACGUAUAUAGAAUCGCUCGUGAUCCGGUUUUUUCGUCCAGAUCCGAAUAUCGUAAGCUUUACUCCUGUAAUUUAACGUCGCCACUGCGCAGUGGUUCGAGAUAGUUAUAUAACAUCGAAGAGGCCCUCUUUCUUCCCCCAGAUAAAGAGCACACUUAUCCCUCUUUUAGUCUUUUAUUUGUCUAUCUAUAAUUAAUCUAUAAAAUUGCAGCUGAUUUUCACGACCACUAGAUUGUAGAGAUUUAUAUUAUCCUUUAGAUCUGUCAAAAACAUAUUGUAUCUCAAUGAUUGUCAGAUAUCGAUUAAAUUUCUUGCUCAGUGUUUCGAGAGUGAAAGAUCAUGCUAGGAUAUUAUUAAAGAUUCAUCGGUGAUUUAUAUCAAGUGAGACAAAGUAUGUGGUUUACUUCGGAUGUAAAAAGAUAGCGACAUCAGAGCUUCAAUACUGAACCCCAAGAACCAUAAGAUUUUUGUAAAUAAAUAUUUAUUAAGCGAGACACACACACACACACACGAUUUACUUUGAACAGGAUCAUUUGCGAAUUAUAUACAUACAUUUGUUUAUAAUCAAGCACACAGAAUUUAUGAAAAUAUUUUGUACAACGAUUUCCUUUUGGUGCGAGGCCACAAUGAUACCAUGUUAUAAUUUUAGUGUACAUAUAAUUUAAAUAUUUAUAAUUAUUAAUAGAAUUAAAUUAUAUUUAUCGCAACUUCUCAGUCUUGUUUAUACUUAACCGAUUCUCAACUAUCAAGUUGUACGUGAUAAAGAAAAAAAAAGAAAAAACAAAUCUCGCGCCACUCCGCACUCGCGAAUUCGCCAAAAUCGAGCAGUAUUAAAUUCCUCAGCAAUUCUACGACAUUCUAAACACGUGAAAGUCGCUCAAGAGAGAAAAAAUGAAUGGUCGUGCGUAUAAAGAAGCAAGAGAGAAAUCGAGAGAAAAGGGAAAAAUCCGAUCAGACUUGAUUGAUACGUCGACCGAAAUGAGUUUAUCGAUAAUGAAAAAAGCCAGACGACGAAAAAAAAAAAAAAAAAAAAAAAAUAAGAAAGGAAGAUGAAAAGAGCGAACAGAGUUGGGUCCCUGGCAGUUUCCCGGGCGGCCUUCAUUAUUAACGAUUAAUUACAUUUUUGUACCUAGCUGCUAGUUUUGUACUAGUUUUGUAAUGUAUCUCUCACCACGAGCGUGCUGUUAUUACAUGUUUUAACUGAUUGUUCGCAAAUGGGUCGUCUCGAUCGAUCGCACAUGUAUGUUCGCGAUCGUCCUGGCAUCACGAUCGACGAUUUUCGCGCAGAAUCGAGUUGUAUGCUUGGUGUGGUAACUGUAAAAGUCGCAUCACAAAAUGUAUCUGCGCUUGUAAACCCUCCGAAAAUCGUGGCGUGUUUGUGAAUGAGAGAAAUCAAAAAAUAUUUUGUUCAAUAAUUCCGAUAUAUCGAAUUAUAUUAUGAUAUGUAUAACUCUUUAUGUGCAAUUUAUAAUUAAAAUUUAAAUAUAAUCACUUUUGAGGAAAGUUAAAAGAUAUCUAAUGACAAAAGAAUUAAUUAAAAGUAAUAAAAUGAAAAUUAGUUUUGCGACUAUACGUGAUCCAUAUAUUAUAUGAUCUAUACGUGAUAUAUUAAAUAGAUAUUACGAUUUCCGGAGGAUUAAAAUAAAUUUAUAGCAAUUUUGUUGCGUUAAUUUCUUUACAAAUGUUUAUUUCUUUAGUAUAUUUAUAUUUCCUGACGAAAGAAAUUUUCUCGAUGUAUGCAGCAAAUUUAUUCUAGAGUGUUACGUUUUAUAAUUUGUAUUCAAUAUGAGUACAUAUCAGCGAUUAAGAUUACCACAUUUAGUAUAUGUAUAAGGUAGAAAGUGACGUGUUUUGAAAAAUUACUUACAGAUCAGGAAUGCUUCGCGGUUUUGUCCAGGCCUAAAUUAAUAGAAUUAAACGCAAGUUGCAAUUUUUCCGAUCAUAUAAGACGAUUCAUAAACAACCUUAAUUUCUUAUAAUCUGAUUGUUAUAUAUGAAAUAAUUGUAUGUAAUUGUACAAAUGAUUCUUCUGUAAUUAUAUAUUCAAAAAUGAUUGUCAACUAUUACCACUACAGAACAAUUUAAAAGUAAUAAUAGUGACAUAUGACAUAUACACUAUUAUAUAUGAAAUAUUAAUUAAUUAUAAGACAGGAAUUUUCAAUAAAUAAUCAAAACAUAAAAUUUAUCAAAUUAAAUUUACAAUGGUUAACGAGAUUUUAUUCUACAAGUAAUCUCAAAAAAAAAGAUUGAGCUUUAAAUUAUUUUAAUUUUAUAACUUUGAUAAAAAAAUGGUCAUUGUCAUUAUUUUCUAAUCUGAAGAUCUUAACAAAGUUGUUUGUAAAUUGUUUUAUUUGGCCGAUAAAAUGUUGACUCGCAUAUAAGCAAUCAAAAUAGAUUUAAUAAGCGACACUUUUCAGGACGGACGCAUUGUUGAAGUUAAAUCAAUGUCAUUGUUGAUUAGUUUCAACAUAUACUAUCUUGAUGUAUGUAUAUCUUAAAAUUAAAUUGUUAACAAUGGUACGUUAAUAUAACAUACGACAUGUAUCUGUGCAUCCGUCUUGUGUUAAUUUGUGAUAGAGAUAAAAAAAGAGCGCGCACGCGAAUCGCCGUAGAAGCAAUCCCGAUCGGAGAGUAACGAUGAGUGUACUAGCUAUGUCAUGACGAUAACGUGAUAUGACUUUGAUGAUAAUGGUACAAUAUUAAUGAUUAUUGUCCUAGAAAUUAGUCUAGUGAAAGAUAUUCCAAUAAUAAACAGAGAGGGCGUAGAUGCCGCAUAUUUCACUCGA